UUGCUUUUCCUUUUCCGUGUAUGUUUGCAAGGUGUGUGACCUCUUCCUGAUCCUGGAGGGAAAAUGCCGGUCCGGAAGCAAGAUACCCAGAGAGCGUUGUACCUUUUGGAAGAAUAUCGUUCAAAACUAAGCCAAACUGAGGACAGACAGCUCAGAAGUUCCAUCGAACGGGUUAUUAACAUAUUUCAGAGCAACCUCUUUCAGGCUUUAAUAGAUAUUCAAGAGUUUUAUGAAGUGACCUUACUGGACAAUCCAAAAUGUCCAGAUCGUUCACAGCAAUCUGAACCAAUACAGCCUGUGAAUACUUGGGAAGUUCCCAGCCUGCCAAGCACCACUGUGACUUCAGAAACACUUCAGAACAGCCUUAGCCCUAUUGGAGAGAAAUACCGGUAUCAGGAUGAAGACAUAACACCUCAAGAGCACAUUUCCCCACAAAUCACUAAUGAAGUCAUAGGUCCAGAAUUGGUUCACGUUUCGGAAAAGAACCUGUCUGAGAUUGAGAAUGUUCAUGGAUUUGUGUCUCAUUCUCAUAUUUCACCAAUAAAGCCAACAGAAGCUGUACCUCCCUCUUCUCCCACUGUCCCUGUGAUCCCUGUCCUGCCCGUCCCUGCUGAGAGUACUGUCAUCCUACCCACCACACCACAGGCAAAUCCUCCUCCAGUACUGGUCAACACAGAUAGUUUGGAAAUACCAACUUACGUCAAUGGUACUGAUGCAGAUUAUGAAUAUGAAGAAAUCACGCUUGAAAGGGGAAAUUCAGGCCUUGGUUUCAGCAUUGCUGGAGGAACAGACAACCCACACAUUGGAGAUGACUCAAGUAUUUUCAUUACCAAAAUUAUUGCAGGGGGAGCAGCUGCCCAAGAUGGAAGAUUGCGGGUUAAUGAUUGUAUACUGCGAGUAAAUGAAGUAGAUGUUCGAGAUGUAACACACAGCAAAGCAGUGGAAGCAUUGAAAGAGGCAGGGUCUAUAGUACGUUUAUAUGUAAAAAGACGGAAACCGGUAUCAGAAAAAAUAAUGGAAAUAAAGCUCAUAAAAGGCCCUAAAGCAGGUCUUGGGUUCAGCAUUGCUGGAGGUGUUGGGAAUCAGCAUAUCCCUGGGGACAAUAGUAUCUAUGUAACCAAAAUAAUUGAAGGAGGUGCAGCACAUAAAGAUGGUAAACUUCAGAUUGGAGAUAAACUUUUAGCAGUGAAUAGUGUAUGUUUAGAAGAAGUUACUCAUGAAGAAGCAGUAACUGCCUUAAAGAACACAUCUGAUUUUGUUUUCUUGAAAGUGGCAAAACCCACAAGUAUGUAUAUGAAUGAUGGCUAUGCACCGCCUGAUAUCACCAACUCUUCUCAGCCUGUUGAUAACCAUGUUAGCCCGUCUUCAUAUUUGAGCCAAACACCAGCAUCACCAUCCAGAUACUCUCCAGUUUCAAAAUCAAUGCUUGGAGAUGAUGAAAUCACAAGGGAACCAAGAAAAGUUGUUCUUCAUCGUGGCUCAACAGGCCUUGGUUUCAACAUUGUAGGAGGUGAGGCUGGAGAAGGGAUAUUUAUCUCCUUUAUACUGGCUGGAGGACCUGCCGAUCUCAGCGGAGAGCUCAGAAAGGGAGAUCGCAUUAUAUCGGUAAACAGUGUUGAUCUCAGAGCUGCCAGCCAUGAGCAGGCAGCAGCUGCAUUGAAAAAUGCUGGUCAGGCUGUCACAAUUGUUGCACAGUAUCGACCUGAAGAGUAUAGUCGUUUUGAAGCUAAAAUACAUGACUUGCGGGAGCAGAUGAUGAAUAGUAGCAUCAGUUCAGGGUCAGGUUCUCUUCGAACUAGCCAGAAGCGAUCUCUCUACGUCAGAGCGCUUUUUGAUUAUGACAAGACUAAAGACAGUGGACUUCCCAGUCAGGGAUUGAACUUCAAAUUUGGAGACAUCCUCCAUGUUAUUAAUGCUUCUGAUGAUGAAUGGUGGCAAGCCAGACAGGUUACAUCAGACGGAGAGAGUGAUGAAGUUGGAGUGAUUCCCAGUAAACGAAGGGUUGAGAAGAAAGAACGAGCCCGAUUAAAAACAGUGAAAUUCAAUUCUAAAACAAGAGAUAAAGGGCAGUCAUUCAAUGACAAGCGUAAAAAGAACCUCUUUACCCGAAAAUUUCCCUUCUACAAGAACAAGGACCAGAGUGAGCAGGAAACAAGUGAUGCUGACCAGCAUGUAACCUCUAAUGCCAGCGAUAGUGAAAGUAGUUACCGUGGACAAGAAGAAUAUGUCUUAUCUUAUGAACCAGUGAAUCAACAAGAAGUUAAUUAUACUCGGCCAGUGAUCAUACUGGGACCUAUGAAAGACAGGAUAAAUGAUGACUUGAUCUCAGAAUUCCCUGACAAAUUUGGAUCAUGUGUUCCUCAUACAACUAGACCAAAACGAGAUUACGAAGUAGAUGGGAGAGAUUAUCAUUUUGUGACUUCAAGAGAACAGAUGGAAAAAGAUAUUCAGGAACAUAAAUUCAUUGAAGCUGGCCAGUAUAACAACCAUCUAUAUGGAACCAGUGUUCAGUCUGUAAGAGAAGUAGCAGAAAAGGGUAAACAUUGUAUCCUCGAUGUGUCUGGAAAUGCCAUCAAGAGAUUACAGAUUGCACAACUUUAUCCAAUCUCCAUUUUUAUUAAACCUAAAUCCAUGGAAAAUAUCAUGGAAAUGAAUAAGCGCCUAACAGAAGAACAAGCCAGAAAGACGUUUGAGAGAGCCAUGAAACUGGAACAGGAAUUUACAGAACAUUUCACAGCCAUUGUACAAGGAGACACCCUGGAAGACAUAUACAACCAUGUGAAGCAGAUCAUAGAAGAGCAGUCCGGGCCUUACAUCUGGGUCCCAGCAAAGGAGAAGUUAUGAGACUGAUACUUCUCUGGGUCUCUUUUCCAGUCUCACUGUUGUUAUUUGACACUUCUUUGCCUUUUCCUUCUAGUGUCUGUUUUUAAUCCUCCUCUGUUCCAUCAUACCCCACUCAUCAUGGUCUGUAAUUGCACUUGCAUUUAACAUCUCAUGUCUCCUUCAGGUUGCACCACCUGUAUAAUUUUAUGUCACUAUUGGUUUGUGGCCGUUUUUCAGAACUGAAGAUGGAAUGGCUUGACCAGCUAUAAGGGUUUAGGGAGCUAGGGAAAUUAUGGUAAAAUUCCUUAAUGUUUAAGGGAAAGUAACUAAGAGAUUUUCAGAAAAGCUUUGUAUACAUUCUUUUCAAAUUUCAAUACAAAUGAGAGAGCAGUGGUCUUACUCAGUGAUUUAAUAACCUCUGAGCACUAUGCACGUUUAACUUUUUGUUAGCAUGGUUUGGCCAGUGCAUUCGCUCUCAACUCCUUUUCUGAAUUGACUUCGGUGAUCAAAGCGAAUAUUUCAUUAAGGAAAAAACAUUUUUUAAUUGCAAAUUUAAUGUCUGGGUUAACUUUCAUAAUUUCACAAAGAAUACUCAUUUUUCAUAAGAGUUCUUAAAAUCUUCAAGUGUUUGAGGUUUUUUCCCAAUACGUUUGCUAGGAAUGACAGUGUUUGGGUGAUUUCAGUCAUUUUGUGCAGCACUCGAUGUCUUACAGAAGUCGUUUCUAGAGAACGAUCGUUGCCUUUCUGAAUUUAGGCCAUGUUAGGUGCUAGGUUGCUCACCUUUUCCGUGGAAGGUGAGAAAAUUUGACGAACAUAAUUCUGGACGAGACAGACAGUGUAGUGGUGAUGUGUAGUCAUCAUGGCAGUGGAAAAGGAGUCCAAUUCAUAGCCUAAAACUUUAAAUGUAUUCUUAGGGGUCAGAUUUAAAUGAAUAUUUUACCCACAAUAACUGCCUAUUUUGUUAUAUUAAAAUAUAUAUAUAUAAAUAUAUAUAAAACUUUCUUUAACUAAACUGUAACUAUGGGAAUUAUUUUCUUUACAUAGUUGCACACACAUAUAUAUAUAUAUAUUUAAAAUAUAUUUUUUUCUUUUGCCACCUACUCCUAACUUUUUGUUUUGUUUUAUUUUGUUUAUAAAUUAAGAUUAAUUGGUUAGAGUCUAUCUUCCUUAAUCAUGUGAACUGAAAAUAGGGGUAUGGUGGUUGUGGGAAGAAACCUUGGGGGGAAAUUAGACUACAAGUAAAAGUAUGGGCAUGUUCUCCUCUUUUCUAUAAAAGUUUUCAAGUGAUUCUUGUUUUUCUGUUGUUCUUGUUCGGGGGGGAUUUGGUUUCAGUCCUCUGCCUUUCCUUCUUCAAUAGGAAAACGGGAGGUGGGGGGUGGGGGUUUCUCCGUGGCUGCACACCUUCCAUCUCCCCUCGCUGCUCUGCACUAGAGUUGCACACGGUUGGGUGCUGAGUCAUUGUAAGACAGCGUAGUGAAAGGUAGAAACGAGUUCAGAAACCGUUUCUCUGGUACUUUACAGUAAUAAUAUUGUUUGGCUUCUCAUUGCUUUUGAAGUUGUUUUUAUUAAGUAUGUGUUUUUGACAACCUCCUCAUGAUAUAAUGCUUCUUAAAUGAGCACUGGUAUGUGAAGAAUUAUCAACAAUUAUCCAUUCCAUUUAUGAGAAAGAGGAGAACAGCUAAUAAACUUUAUUGUGAAAUUUACAA